AGCCCAUUGUAUACAGCGGAGGAAACCCUGUGCCGUGAUCAGCCAUCUUGGAUAGACAGAUCAUACUUGAGCCAGGAUAACCUGCAUUCCUCUUCUGAACAGCUCCACAACACAACGCUCUAGACACUUGAUUUCUGAGCCACAAUGGCCACCGCACCAUACAACUACUCCUACAUUUUCAAAUACAUCAUUAUCGGGGACAUGGGGGUAGGGAAGUCAUGUUUGCUUCACCAGUUCACAGAAAAGAAAUUCAUGGCGGACUGCCCCCAUACAAUUGGCGUUGAGUUUGGUACAAGGAUAAUCGAAGUGAGCGGUCAGAAGAUCAAGCUGCAGAUUUGGGACACAGCGGGGCAAGAGCGCUUCAGGGCCGUCACCCGCUCCUACUAUCGCGGAGCUGCAGGAGCACUCAUGGUCUAUGAUAUCACCAGGAGAAGCACGUACAACCACCUCAGCAGCUGGCUGACUGAUGCCAGAAACCUCACCAACCCCAAUACUGUGAUCAUUCUCAUAGGAAACAAAGCAGACUUGGAGGCCCAGAGGGAUGUCACGUAUGAGGAAGCGAAGCAGUUUGCAGAGGAGAACGGGCUGUUGUUUCUGGAAGCCAGUGCAAAAACAGGUGAAAACGUCGAGGACGCCUUCCUGGAAGCUGCUAAGAAGAUCUACCAGAACAUCCAAGAUGGCAGCCUGGACCUGAACGCUGCCGAGUCGGGGGUCCAGCACAAGCCCUCGGCCCCUCAGGGCGGACGGCUAACCAGCGAACCACAACCCCAGAGGGAAGGCUGCGGCUGCUAAUGACCAAGCAAAACCCCCCUUCAUCCUCCCUUCCUCUCUCUCUCUCCGUAUGUCCUGCCCGUCCUCCC